CACACAGUAUGACGCAAGUUUUAUUAUUUAAAACAUUACUGAUACUUUCCCUGGUCAGUUUUGACGGUUCAAACAACACUAUUAUACCAGAAAAAACGGCAACAAAUUUCCACUGUAAACAGUUUUAUCAACAUAAAAAAUUGCACGUUGAUUGUUCCAACAAAAAUUUGACAGUUGUUCCAGAUAUACCAGCCGACACGGUUUACCUCUAUCUACAACAUAAUAAAAUCGGACAAAUACCGAAUAAAACCUUUGAACAAUUGAACAAGCUUGAUUUGUUAGAUCUAUCUUUCAACCAAGUUGAUAUAAACAAUGCGGGUGCAUUAGUAGGUCAAAAGAAUCUGCGCUUUCUCUAUCUAAAAAGUGGUUUACAUUAUCCUAUUGAUACGAGAAAACGUUUGCCAAAGAAUGCAUUCAAACAUUUAUUCAAUCUUACAGACAAUAUCUUGUACGUUGAUGAAUACACAUUUAGUGGACUUAUGAAUUUGCAGCACCUUAAACUCAACAGUAACUGGUUAAGAAAAAUACCAAAGGAUACCUUCCAAUAUACUCCAAAGCUACUUAUUCUUGAUCUAUCAAGUAAUUUUUUAAAUAACGUAUCUAAAGGUAUGUUUAAUGGACUUGGGAAUCUACAUCAUCUUUAUCUAGAUAAUAAUGUUAUAGAAACUAUUGAAAUUGAUGCAUUUCAAUCGUUGAUUAAUCUAACUGUGCUGAAUUUAGCGUUCAACCUCAUACAUUCAAUCAAUAAGCAAAUGUUUGCUGGACUUCCAAACCUGCGUAAUCUAAACUUGCACUUUAAUCAACUAAACAAUAUAUCAAAUCGUACUUUUGAAAAUUUGACAGAUCUCCAUGUACUGGAUCUAUCAUAUAACAAACUUCAGUCUGUAAAUGGGAAGACUUUUAUAGGACUUAAAAGCCUGGACCUUCUCAGACUCAAUUCGAACAGAAUUAGGUAUAAUACGGACCGGUUACCCCAAGGAUGUUUUCAACCUUUAGAAUCACUCAAACAACUUUUUAUUGAAAUGAAUAAUCCUCCGGGUGUAAUUGAUGCUUUCGUACUUCCAGAUGAGACAAUAAAAGAUUUGAACAUGUUGGAAACACUUGAAUUAGAUGUUAAUGCUGAUAACGACGGAAUUCUAGGACAUUCCUGGUGGGAAGAUGUCAAUAUUCUUUUACUCGAUACUCCAAUACGUGAACUUCAUAUAACAAACAAUGACAAUUGUGUUGAUAGGAGGGUUUCUGUUCCAUUAAAACGUAUUAUACCAGCACCAGUCAGUUUGCAACGUCUUGAUUUAAGUAACAAUAAUAUAGAUCAAAUAAGUCUCAAUUUGACCUAUGUUAUAUUCCUAAAUUUGUCAGGUUCAUUCAGUGUAGCUGUUUUUUAUAACACAGCAAUGACUAUAUCACCAGGCAAUAUCAGGCAAGCUAUGUUUUUACAGGUAUUAUUGAUGGCUUCUUUGUUCACUGGUGACUGUUACAAUGACAACAUUGUACCAGGAAGAACGGCAGCAAAUGUCCACUGUAAACAUUUUAAACAACAUAAUGAAUUACACGUUGAUUGUUCUUACAAAAACUUGACAGCUGUUCCAGAUACACCAGCUGACACGGUUUACCUCUAUCUACAAAAUAAUUUAAUCGGACAAAUAUUCAACCAAACCUUUGCCCUUUUUAAUAGGUUGGUUUUCUUAGAUCUUUCUGUCAACAAAAUCAGUGCAAUCAACGAAAAUGUAUUCACAGGCCUCCAGAAUCUGCGGUUUCUUUAUCUCAGUAGGAAUCAGAUAUUUCGUUUGCUAAAAAAUGCAUUCCAACAUUUAGUCAGCCUCACUGUAUUGGAUCUGUCCUACAAUAACAUAAACUCAAUUCACGAACACGCACUUGCUGGACUUGUUAACCUACAGCAACUAAAACUGAGCAAUAACGGGUUCGAAGAAAUACAAAACGAUACCUUCCAAUACACACCAAAGCUUGUUAAUCUUGAUUUAUUUUAUAAUUCAUUAUAUUCAGUAACUAAAGGAGUGUUCACUGGACUUGGAAACUUGCACCAGCUUCAUCUCGGUGGUAACUUCAUAAAAAAUAUUCAAACCAACGCGUUUCAAUCGUUACGCAAUCUAACUGUACUGAAUUUAUUAUUUAAUUCGUUGCAAUUAAUCAAUCAACAAAUGUUCGCUGGUCUUUCGAAAUUGCGUAAUCUCAACUUGAUGACUAAUCAAUUGAAAGAAAUAUCAAAUCAUACCUUUGAAAAUUUAACGGAUCUAAGCAUACUGGAUCUAUCAAAUAACGACUUGCAAUCAAUAAAUGAAAAGACAUUUUUAGGACUUAAGAACCUUCACGUUCUAAGACUAAACAAUAAUAACCUUGGAUAUAAUACGGAACAGUUACCACCUGGUUGUUUUCAACCUUUAGAGUCACUGAAACAACUGUCUGUUCAAAAUAAUCAUCCCCUACGGAAAGUACUGUCUACGUUCAUUUUUCCAGAUGAAACAGUUAAAGAUUUGAAAAUGUUGGAAAUGUUCGAACUAGAUGUUAAUUCCGAUGACGAAAGAAUUCUAGGGAUUGGAUUUUCUUCUUUACAUCAUCUUUCUUCACUAAUUUUUAGUGGUGUCUGUAAUUUUUCUUUGUAUAAUGACACAUUCAAAUACACGUCCAAUUUGACAAAUUUAAGCAUUAUACAUUGCAAUAUUAUGUUCAUAGAGACAGGAACCUUUUCGUUUUUAACCAAGCUUGAAAAUGUACAACUAGACUUCGUUUGCUAUAACCUUCUAUCUAAGCCUUAUACAUUGAUUGAUAUCAUUUUUAGCUUGUCCAAGACACAAAUUGAAGUUCUCAAAAUUAAUAGUGUUCUUGUACAAAAAAUAGUGCCUUGGAGAGAUAUGAAUGUUUUGUUGUUUGAAACGCCAAUACGUGAACUUCAUUUAACAAACAAUGGCCACUGUGUUGGAAAGCACUCUUUCCGUAAAGAACGUUAUAUACCAGCACCAGCCAAUUUGCAAAGUCUUGAAUUAAGUGACAAUUGGAUAGAUAAGAUAUAUCUUAAUCUUUCUUUUGUUAAAUUUCUGAACUUAACAGGUAAUUCACUUGGUCCGUUCUUAGCGGAAAAUAGCUACAUGCUAACAGAAAUAAGCAGACUUGAGUAUGUUUGUCUCUCAAGAAAUUCAAUCAAGCAUCUUUUUUCUAAAUUGUUCGUUGACCAACCGUAUCUGCGCAUAAUUGAUUUAAGUUUAAAUAAGCUGCGAGAUGUAAAUUUUGAUUUGUCUUAUUUGGUAAAUCUAGAGAUUUUAAAUUUGUCUAGUAAUGACAUACGUUUUCUGGAUGACGAAUCAAUGAAAAAUAUUGACAUACUUCUUGACAAAAGCAAAAGAAUAAAAGUUGAUUUUAGCAACAAUAUGUUUCAAUGCGACUGUUCCAGAGUUCCUUUUCUGAAUUGGAUGAGAAUAACUCGUCGUCAUUUCAUUAAUUUUGAUCAGUACACAUGCAUUUUUAACCAUACAAGUAGUUUAGAAUUUAAUUCAUUUGAAGAAGGAAUAAUUGUUUUACAGGCAAAUUGUUUGAACUAUACAAUUUCAAUAAUAAUCACGUGUACCACUGUAUUCAUCUUCAUAGCAAUAUUAGUUAUAAUUGCUAUUCAUAGACACAGACAGAAACUCCGGUUUAUGGUUUAUACAUUAAGAGGUAGACUUCACUUCUUAUAUUAUAAAAUAAAGUUUAAGAACCGAUUUCGGUCUAAAACACAUUCAGAAAACAAGUUGGAUUAUAUAUAUGAUGCCUUUGUGUCAUAUUCAGAAGAAGACCGAUCAUUUGUUUUGAACUAUUGCAUACAACAUCUUGAAAAAGAAGGAAAUUUAAAGUUAUGUUUACAUCAUCGGGAUUUUGUGCCAGGAGAAGAUAUAACAGAUAACAUUAUACAUGCUAUCGAAAGCAGCAGAAAGACUAUCUGUAUAAUUACAAGAUCUUUUUUGCAGUCCUAUUACUGUAUGUUUGAGUUCAACAUGGCUAGAAUGGAAAGUAUUCAUUCAAGGAAUGGAAAAAAUGUUCUCUUUCUCGUAUUCUAUGAACAGUUGCUUCCAGAGGAGCUGCCUUUGGUUUUAUAUGAAGUUAUUCAGAAACAAACUUAUAUUGAAUUCCCGAACGACGUACAUGGAAAUAGAGUUUUCUGGGAAAAAAUAAAAGAUGGCAUAUCUGCUUAGUCAUCUUGUCGACAAUAUCAGUAAGCAGAUAUCCGGACAAGGAACAUGGAAAUAGGAUUUGCGUGGGUGGAGUGGGAUAAAUGAUGGUAUCUUUGCUUUAGCAUCUUGGUGGUUUAACCGUGAAAAGAUUACCGUAAACAUUUAUAUAUGCCUUUUUAGGAGAACGGAAAAAAGCUGCGUCCUACUUGGCAACAAAACAAAUAUUUCCGAACAAGUUUGCAUAAUAAGAAUUCAAAUAUCAUAAUAUAACUGAUAACAUGCUGUUUAACUUCACAUUUUUCAUUAGCUAUAUUCUAUAUGUAUAUUGAAAUAAGCAUUUCUUUUCAUUUAAUAUAUUCACCGGACAAAAAACCGAAGAGGAAAUAUAACAAAAAGAUGCCUGUCGACAUUAA